AUGCAGUUCAUUACUCUUGCCGUUGCACUUGCCUACUACACCGGUGUUAACUCAUCGCCGGUAUCUAUUAACCGUAGAGGUAACAAGGAUGGUCCUUCAGGAAGCAGUGAAGCUUCUGCCAGCGCAAAUGCGCAGGCCAACGCCGAAAGCUCCGGCCCAGACUCCCCUUCUGCUGUGGCGGAGGCCAAAGCAGAGGCAAAUGCUCAAGCUUCUGGACAGUCUUCAGCCAACGCUAACGCGUCGGCCCAAUCUCACGCACAAGCUGCUGGCCAACCUGGCCUACUGUCGCCGUCGGCCUCAGCCGAAGCGAGCGCAGCCGCCAAGGCAUCUGCCCAAGCUUCCGGACAUCUCGCGCCCGCAGGACCGCCUUCGUCCACUUCGGCCAGCGCGAAUGCCGCUGCUCAAGCUCACGCUGCUGCUCAAGUGGCCGGCCCUAUCGGGAUGCCACCACCGCCUCCGGUUGAUGUCAACGCGGCAGCUAACGCUCACGCGCAAGCUACCGGCCAAUCUGGCCCACCUGCCGGGUUACCAUCGUCAGCUGCUGCGAACGCCAAUGCGGCAGCAUCUGCAGCAUCACACCUUGGUAAUGGACCUGCGCCUAUUGGACCCGGCCCUGUCCCAGCUGGCCCAUCCGGUCCGAGUGCAGGCAGCUUUGCAGCUUCUGCCUCGGGCGCUGGGUCAACAGGCCCUCUUCCUAUCGGACCCCCAGGACUGUCAGGACCUCCACCUCCUUCAGGCCCAAUUGUGCCAGGACCAAACGGCUCAAGCUCGGUAUCCUCUGCAACCUCUCACUCUGGAGCUUCCCCCUCUGGAGCCCCAGGAUUCCCUUCGCCCUUCCCGACUGGAAGACCCGAUUUCUCAGCUUCUGUUGGUUUCGGUAGCAAUGUCCCUUCAUCAAAUGGUGUAGGACUUGGUGUUGUUGGGCCAAAUGGAUCUUUGGCUUCUGGAACAAGCUCUGCCUCCGGUGACUCCAUAUCCGGUGGCGUAGGUGUUUCCCUAGGUGGUCUUGGAGGCCCGGGCCCUCUCUCCCACGGUCUCCCGCAAGGCCUACCCGGCGCACCUUCAUUUGGACUGCCCAACGGCUCUGUCAGCUCUGCUACAUCGACCAGCAAGGAUUCUGCAAACAGUGGUCCUGCUCCCUUCCCUGGUGGGCCAGUUCUUUCCCCUGCAGGCCUGAUCGGCCACCUUCCCGGCGCACCUGGCGCACCCAUCAUUUCCGGCAGCAAUGCUUCUGCUAGUGCCAACGCAUCUGCAUCUAGCAAGGGCGGUCUACCCGGUGGCCCAGUCCCUACACCAUCUGGCGGACCUGCCCCUCUGCCUGCUGGCCCCAUGGGCCCUAUUCCUACAGGUUCGGUUGCGCCUUCCUUCGGCGGGCCAGGUGGCCCCGGAAACGGACCAUCAUCCACGAUCAGCUCUGCCACUAGCCACAGUGGUGCACCGGGUGGCCCAGCUCCCCUCCCAGUCGGUGGCAUCGCUCCCUCUCCUGCUGGCCCUGGCGUACCUCCCCUUGGUAACCCCAGCAGCGCAGGUAGUAGCACAUCAGCUGCCGCCAACGCAUCCGCAUCCAGCAAGGGCCCAGGUCUCACUCCAUCUGGAAGUCCUGCACUCACUCCCGGUGGUCCAAUGACACCCCCCGCUGGCGCACCUGGCCUCCCUCCGUUCGGUGGACCCAGUGGCCCCGGAAACGGCGCAUCAUCCAGCGCCAGCUCCGCCAUCAGCCACAGCGGCGCGCCGGGUGGCUCAGCCCCUCUUCCAUCCGGUCACCCUCUCCCGACACCUACUGGCCCGACGCCAACUGCUCCUGGUCUUCCCCCAAUUGCCCCCGGUGGACCCAACGGCAGCAGCUCCGCUUCCAGCAACGCUCAUGCGAACGCGAACGCUAAUGCUGGUGUUAGCCAAGGUAUCCCCAGAGGUUCGCCCUUUGUCCCCAGCGGCUACCCAAUGCCCUCAUCUGGAUUCAACGGAAUGCCACCCUCGUUCCCCGGUGCAUCAGGACCUGCUCACGGCUACCCCAGCUUUCCUGUCGGCGGCUCCAUGUCCUCCGGCUCAGCUAACUCGAACAGUGGCAGUGGCGCAUUUGACUGGAACGGCUUCAUGCCUGCAUCUGCAUCUGCGUCCGGACAAGGCCAAGGACCGAUGUUAGCAGGACAAGCUUCAGCAGCCGCCCAGGCCCAAGGAAAGCCCGGCUCACCUCCAGCCUAUGCCUCCCAAUCCAGCCAAUGGAACAGCCAGCAUGGUGGAGCGACCCAAUCGUUUGCCACCCCAGGGGGGCAAUACGGUCCCCCAUCUUUCCCCAGCGGAGGAUUCUACGGUGGCAGCGGUGGCUUUGCCGUUCCUGGCCAGAUGGGCUGGGCCGGCUAUGCUCCUCAGCCGUACGGUUACGGUGGCUACGGACUCGGUGGCGGCCUGAAUGUUGGUGUUGGACUUGGCGGACUCGGUGCUGGUGUCCUCGGCACCGCAACAUCCUCAGAAAAGAACGCAAGAAAACGCAAGCAGGAUAACCAGAAACUUCAGAAGCGACUGCCCAACAACCUCCUGCCCUUCCAGUCCACCCCCAAGCGACAGAAAACCGAGCCCAUCAGGCCAUCAUCCACCAUUCGUCCCUCAAACCUACCCGCUCGAUCAGCACCGAUACCCACCACCACCACCCCAGGGGGCUUCUUCUUCACCACCCAACGCUUCGAGACCCCGGGAAAGGGCGACUCCUCUACCAGCACCAUCGCCAAUGGCGACCCCCCCUCCUCUGGAAGCUCCAAGGGAAAGGAGAAGGAGACGCGUCAGAGAUCCUCCUCUACCCAGAAAACCCGCACACGUCCCCGCCAUGGCCACCACGAUCUCAGCUCCUCAGACGACGACCACCAGCAGAUCCCGAAUCACAGACAGCCAUCCUCAUCCUCACAGCCUCACACCCCCAGACACCCACGGAAUCCGCACAUCUACGGACGACAGGAACAGCAGGCAGACGCCGAAAUGUCCCUGGUGAUGGCCGAGACACCUAUGCAUCAUAAAAACAGACAGUUCAGACGGGGAGGAGCUGGUGGGCAGUCUGGGAAGACGAAGGACGACCAGGCCGAGCUGGGCCACGGGCCCGUUACUCAGCUCUCAUCCCAAUCGCUUCAGGCGCUUGACCCCGGUCAGGGAAACGUCAGACGAGGCAGUCGCGCAAGCAGUAUCGGAAGUGGACACGAAGCUUUACCGCAUCCCCGAAUACCACCCUCGAUGCUAUGCAGACACAUCCGCACCGAUCUCCCGCCGAGUAUGAGGUGUCGGACGCUGCUCUCAUGGUGCAGCCAGAAGGCCGAACACGUGACGUACACGAUGCUCAAUCCGAGUUUCAAGCCGACGCGAUACAUUGCGGCAGAUCUGCCGAAGCCGCUCGCCCGGACGCUGAGCCAGCUGGCGCCGCUCGAGACAGGGCCCCGGUCGAAGCUGCUGGCCAGGGUGGCCAAGUCGGCGCUCAAGAACUUCAUCCAGGGCAUCUGUGAGAACCAGGUGGAGAUCAGCUGGGGGAUCCCGAUCGACUCCGACGAGGACCACGAGGUCUCCGUCGAGAACCUCUCCAUACGCGAUCUCCAAGCCCUACCCCCUCAUCCCCAAGACCUUAAAAACGAACGCAAGAUCGAAGAGCUGAACACGUGGAGAGUCCGAACUUCAUAUGAAGAUCAUGCGCGACAGUAUCAACUGAAUCGAUAUGGAAGAUUGAUCGAGCGGAUGACGGGGACAAGCGAGCCGACCACAGAAGAUCUGCGGAGGUCGAACCGUUUCUAUCGCGAGGAUCAGAAUGGCCAAGAAGAUAAUCGGAACGGUCAGGGGUGGAGGAUCGAUACCAAACUGUUGGCUGAUCCGGCGGCGGUGCUCGAGUUCGGUCGGUUCUUGAGAUCUCGCCCCCUUGCUCCCCCGAAAUCGAUCGACGUGCUUGAUGAGCUGGGCAUUGAUUGGGCGCAAAUCACCUUAAACAUUGAGAUGAUAAAGGAAGGGAUGGAUCGAGUGAAGAAGGAGCUAGUGGAGAUCGAGAAGCAGAUGAGCCGGCUCCAGAUGAGCUCGACGGCCAACCUGAAGCGGGUGUGUGGGGAAGGCGUGCUGAGCGGGCUGGAGGCGAAGAUGCUGCUCUCGUCGAGGGUCGGCGUCCAGCUGUGUCUCAACAUGCUCUCGAUCAACGAGCCCCCCUUCCAGCGCGUGCUCAUCCCCGACGCAGGCCCGCCUAUCGGCAAACGCGACCUCCUCCGCACUCUCAGUCGGGCUUCCCAUCUUCCUUGA